AUGUUUUACACUGGCAUCAACGAGCCGAGGCCCACCUCGAUGAAUUUCUCCUUUGACGGCCUUCACUUCGUGUCGGCGCAUACGGACGACGCCGUCCGUCUCAUCGAUGUGGGCAACAUGACGAACACAGACGUGAUCAUCUGCGACGCGUUUGGCGUGCACAACGUCCGCUACACCCACUCCAGCAGCGUCGUGUGUGUCGCGCCGCGGUUUCACUUGGACGGCCACCUGCACCUUCUCAACACGGAGACGUCGCAGUUCUUCGGCGAGAUGGCGUACCUCAACGACGCCGAGUCGGAGAUUUUGCCAGUGGCGAACACGCCAGUGUACUCCACUCUUGCUCAGUGCCCGGCAACAGACGUGAUAGGCGCGGUGGUGGCAGCCAAGGGUCGGCUAGCCCUUUUCCACCCUCUCAUCUCUGGCUGCAUUGCUGCGACACCGGAGCGAUCCAUCGUAGGCAGUAGAGUCUGCGUGCAGUUUAGCCUGGACGGUCAUCGCAUCGCCAUCGGCGACGACCACCGCAUCACCCUUCUCGAUCGACGCAACCUAUUCCAGGCACCGCAGGUCGUGCUGGAAAACAAGCGCGUCUUCACCACGUCAGCGUCGCUAACGAGAUGCAAAGGGCUCGAGUUUAGCGCCGAUGCAAGUCGCUUGCUGCUCACCUCGUCAAGUGGCGAGGUUGUGGUGUACGACUGGCAGCGCGACGAGACGGUUGUGAACUACUUCCACGGCGACGCGAAGCGACACUUUCUCGGCUCCGCCGACGCCAUUGGCGCGCAGUACGUCUUUCCGUAUCAGAUUGCCUCGCCUAUUCUACAGCUCACCUCGUCCAUGACUGGAGGCCGGCAUCUGCUCGUGUAUGCCGGUUGCCACUCUAAUUCGGUGUACCCGACCCGACACGGGCGACUUCUGUAUGAGCUGCAGUCCAAGGACAGCGAUGUGCCGGUUGCUGUCGCCGUGAACCCACGGCUACAGCUAGCGGCUACUGCAGCACGGAGCAUCACAUGGUGGGCUUUUCACAGCUCUGUAGUCGAGGCUUACGCGAGACCGACGCAGGCGGGCACGAUUGCGGCGGACUGA